CUCUGCGCGUUCUACUUCACGCUCGCAACCGCACAAGGUGCGCAACAAGAGCCCCUGGCUCAACAACCCGGCUACAAAGUUGGCCAGACUAUACCCGUGAGCUGCCUUAACCGGACAUCUGAGACCGGCGAACAUAUAACCGACGACCAUGGCCAACUGUCCUACAUACCCUUUCCCACAUGCAAUGAGACGGGUCGGCCCCUCGAACUCCUCUUCGGCGUGGAGAAGGAGAUCAACUGCACCAUCGACUUCAUCGACGACCCUUUCUUCCAUCUACUCGAGUUCUACGUCCACAACGACGCGCCGUUGACCUGCCGCAUACCCACCAAGCCGCUGCCUCCCGCCGCACUCAAGGAUGAGUUCGAAGCCGGCACAAAGGACUCCACAGAAGGACAAGGAGCGCUCUCAGAGGUCUACACGCCCAUGAUCGUGGCCUUGACUGGGACGCUGCAGCUCAGCCACCUGCACGUGAGCACGAGCUUGAAUGUGCUGGUGCAUGCGGUACCGAAGCGAAUUUCGCAAGGUACGAUUGCGGCGGCGACAGCGUACAGCAUCUCGAGGGAGCCGCCCACAAGAAUAGUUAUCGGUGACAGUCUGCCGCUACGCUUCAGUGUGCGGUGGUACCCAAAUACAAGCCUGCCGUCCGGCUGGACCGGAGUGGGAGGGCACCUGACCUUCAGCACACUGGUAUAUUGUUUAAUCUCGGCGGGAGCGUCAGCGGCGAUUUGUCUGGCGUACUUCCGAGGUGUGGAGCUGCCAAGGCGGUUGAAGAGUCACGGGAAGGAUCGUCUAGGUGGUGGAGGUGUGGAGAGGGGAGGUGGAUUGGGGGGCUAUGGCAUCCCG